AAUUAAAAAUAGAUAGACGGCGGCGAUUGACGGUGGGUGAAAACUGAAAAUCGAUACGAGGAGGAUCAUAAAACUCCAGUUUGUUUUGUGGACUGCGUAACCGCCUUUACAGCCACUCAUACUACUUUUCCUUAACAACAACAACAAAUAGAUCAUUCAUUCUUUCAAAAUAUAUCCCCCAAAGUUAUUUUAAAAAUCAAAUAAAUCUAAUUUUCAUAUAAAAUUAUAAUUGGAGAAAUGGGAACAAAUUCAGAGCUAGAAAGCCUUUUUCCUGAAAAAAAGCGCGUCAGAAAUCCCUUCGUCCCCAUUGGUGCUUUGAUCACAGCUGGGGUACUCACAGCCGGUUUAAUUAGCUUUAAGAAAGGAAACUCCCAGCUGGGUCAAACGUUGAUGAGGGCUCGUGUAGUCGCUCAAGGAGGAACCGUUGCACUCAUGGUUGGCACUGCAGCCUACUAUGGGGAGAAGUUCUAGUUAUUUUGACAGAUAUGUGAUCUGUGUUUUUGAAGAUACAGGAAUGCAAAGUUUGGCACAUUUUGCUGUUCUCAAUGUUAGUUCUUCAUAUGUGCUAUGAAACUGAAAAAUAAAAUUUUUUAAAUCUGAAAAAAGAAAUAACACAGGAUUAGGCAUUGAUUGGUUUGUUUCUCUUUCAUGAUCUUUAGUUGUGUGAACUGGGUUACAUAAACCGCCCCAUUAACAGCCGUUAUAUGUUUUAAACCCACUCUUGUACUUCAAUUAAACGAUGACUUAAAAUAUAAUCUUGAAUUUCUUUC